GAAAAAGACCAAUAUGGCAAUGAAGUUCAACGUUUGGCGCGUCCUUUGCCAGUCGAAUAUUUGCUAGUGGAUGUACCCGCCUCAACACCACUUCAGCCGCAAUUCACAUUCACUCAAUACAAGAAACGUGGUGAACCAUUCCCCGUGGAGAAUCGUUACCUGGAUGGACAUUUGCAAGAUUUUAGUGCGCUAAGCACGUAUCUAUCCCACUGGACGGAUGAGGAGUUUCUCGAGGCAAUUUCUGAUUUUCAUUUGUUGCUGUUUUUGUAUAGAAUGGACACGGUGCCAUUGCGUACACACAUGGGCCCACUGUUGGAGGCCGUACGCACCAAAAAUACAGAUUUGGCAUACAGCUUUAAGGCUAGCGAACCAUGGAAGCUGCUGGAGUCGCUAAUACAAGCGAGCACUGGCGGUGUUAGCAGUGGUCCCUCUGCUAGCAACUACAGCUGUUGCGUCUACGCCAGCUCUCCGCGGCUGCUGCCGGUGCGAACAAUCAAUGGCAAUGUAAUCAUUGCACCUUCAUCAAUCCUGGCGAAUUGA